AUGGAAUAUCAUUCUCAUCUAGAGAAUCUGGAUGAAGAUGGAUAUACUCAAUUAGACUUCGGGUCUCAAGGCAUCCACAAAAGACCUGUAGGACCAGAGAAAGGAAGUCAGGUUCCAUCUCCUCCUUGGCGUCUCAUUGUGGUGGUUUUGGGAAUCCUGUGCUUGGUUGCAAUAGUAGUUGCUGCAGUCCUGGGUGUCCUGGCAUUUUGGAGAUUCAAUUCAGGGAAAAAUCCAGAGGAGAAAGAAAACUUCCCAUCAAGAAAUAAAGAGAACCACAAACCUACAAAAUCAUCUUUAGAUGAGAAGGUGGCUCCCUCCAAGGCAUCCCAGACUACAGGACUUUUUCCUGGGCCUUGCCCCCCUAAUUGGAUCAUACAUGAGAAGAGUUGUUAUCUAUUUAAGAUGUCAAUAGAUUCCUGGGCAGGAAGUAAGAGACACUGCUCCCAGCUAGGUGCUCAUCUACUGAAGAUAGACAACUCAAAAGAAUUUGAGUUCAUUGAAAGCCAAACAUCUUCUCACCGAAUGAAUUCAUUUUGGAUAGGCCUUUCCCGUAGACAGACUGAAGGGCCGUGGCUCUGGGAGGAUGGCUCACAAUUCAUUCCCAACUCUUUUCAAGUCAGAGAUACAGCGUCCCAGGAAAGCUUACUGCACAAUUGUGUAUGGAUUCAUGGGUCAGAGGUCUACAAUCAAAUCUGUAAUAUUUCCUCAUUCAGUAUCUGUGAGAAGCAGCUGUAA